AUGGCCCUCGAAACUUUACUCUUAAGAGUAAAAACAGCUUUUUCAAACAGUUUCGACACAGUUCACAAAACGACACCGUCUUCAAAAACAAACCCAAAACGCAUCGCCGUUUUAGCCUUCGAAGUUGCCGGAGUUAUGUCGAAGCUUCUUCAUCUCUGGCAAUCACUUUCCGACGCAAAUAUUGUUCGUCUUCAAAACGACGUCGUUUCACUCGAAGGUGUUUUGAAACUAAUCUCAAACGACAAGUCGUUUUUAAUCAAACUCGCUGUUGCUGAGUUCGCUGACUCACUCAGACUCGCUUCUGACUCAGUCUCUCGACUCAGUCUCAACUGCAAUAACCCAACACUCCGAUCUUUCCACCGAGUUUUCACUGAGUUCGCUGACUCGGGAUUUGACUCAGUUGGUUGGACUCUCACCACCCCAAAAGAAAUUGAAUCCAAACAUAGAAGAAUGGAACGUUACGUGACUCUCACGUUAACUCUUCAUAGAGAAAUUGAUGAGCUUUCACUUUUAGAAAGCACGUUGAGAAAAGCACUUCUCAACACCAACAACAAAAGCAGAAUCAGUGAUCUUGAACAAAAGAUUUUCUGGCAGAAACAAGAGGUAAAGAAUCUCAAAGAAAAAUCAUUAUGGAACAAAGGUUUUGAUAAUGUUGUUCUGUUAUUAGCAAGAUUUGUUUUCACUUUGUUAGCAAGAAUUAAGGUUGUUUUUGGAAAUGGUAAUGGAAAUGGAAAUCAUUUACCUUAUUUAUCACGAAGUUUAUCAACUUCUGCUGCUGUUUAUCCUUCAGAUCAUCAAAAAGAUCAAAACUUUGUAUCUGGGCCGUUGAAAAGUUUCAAACUUGAUGAUUAUUCUUCUGAUCAUAAAAAAGUUGAAAACUUUUCAUCUGGGCCGUUGAAAAGUUUCAAACUUGAUGAGAAAAAAGUUGAUUUAAGAAAUGGGUUUUUUGAGUCAAAUUGUAAAGUUUUGAAACCACCACAAGGUAGUUUAGGUGAUUCAGCUUUAUCAUUACAUUAUGCUAAUUUGAUUAUUGUUAUGGAAAAAAUGAUUAAAUCACCUCAAUUAGUUGGUGUUGAUGCUAGAGAUGAUUUAUAUGCUAUGUUACCAAAUAGUAUAAGAUCAUCAUUGAGAUUAAGGUUAAAAGGGUCAAUUGGAUUUAGUGCUUGUGAUCCUUUAUUGGCUAAUGAAUGGAAAAAUGCUUUGGGUAGAAUACUUUGUUGGUUGUUACCAUUGGCACAAAAUAUGAUUAGGUGGCAAAGUGAAAGAAGUGUUGAAGAAAAGAGAUUGGUUCUUAAGAAAUCUAAUGUGUUGCUUUUGCAAACUUUGGUUUUUGCUAAUAAGGUGAAGACUGAAGCUGCUAUAACUGAGUUGCUUGUUGGUUUGAAUUAUAUUUGGAAGUUUGAGAGGGAAAUGACUGCUAAGGCUUUGUUUGAUUGUAACAAUGAUUUUAAUGGGUUUUUAAGUUUGUAUAAAUCUAGUUAA